AUGCUUACGUUGCCUUUGUCGCCUGUGGCAAUCGAAUCCUGGGGCAUUUCAACAUCCCAAAGGUUGGCUACACAGCCAUGCGUGAGAUUCUCGAGCAAGCUAUGUAGGACUAGUUCCUUGAACCUGAGAAGCUCACCGCCUGGCAGCCGAGGUGGAAGCCGGUGGCAGCAAGACGAGGCCGCAGAUUUUGCCAGCGCAGCCCAAUGGAGUGCCCAAGAACGUCGGAACAUCGUCAUGUUCUUUACACCGACCUCCCAGAGAGCGGAUGGCUCCUUCUCUGCCGUGUCGGCACGGCGAGGAGUCCAUGGGAGCGUCGCAGCGUCGUUCGAGGAUGCGUAG